AAGACUAUAUGACUGUGAUGUCUGUGGUAAAUCAUUCUCUUCCAGUAGUCACUUGACUACUCACAAACGUAUGCAUACAGGUGAGAAACCAUAUCGCUGUGAUAUCUGUGGUAAAUCAUUUUCUAUGCAUAAUUCCAUGGUUAAGCACAAAUACAUUCAUACUGGGGAAAAACCAUAUCAUUGUGAUAUCUGUGGUAAACAAUUUUCUGAAAAGAAUAAAUUGAUUGAGCACACAUACAUUCAUACAGGUGAAAAACCACAUCGCUGCGAUAUAUGUGGUAAAUCAUUUUCUCUAAAGAGUACCUUGACUAUUCACAAACGGAUUCAUACUGGAGAAAAACCAUAUCACUGUGAUGUCUGUAGUCAAUCAUUUUCUUCUAAUAGUCACUUGAUUCAUCACAAUCGUACUCAUACUGGGGAAAGACUAUAUGACUGUGAUGUCUGUGGUAAAUCAUUCUCUUCCAGUAGUCACUUGACUACUCACAAACGUAUGCAUACAGGUGAGAAACCAUAUCGCUGUGAUAUCUGUGGUAAAUCAUUUUCUAUGCAUAAUUCCAUGGUUAAGCACAAAUACAUUCAUACUGGGGAAAAACCAUAUCAGUGUGAUAUCUGUGGUGUAUCAUUUUCUCAAAAUAGCACUUUAACUUAUCACAAACAUAUUCAUACUGGGGAAAAACCAUAUGGCUGCGAGGUCUGUGGUAAAUCAUUUUCUCUGAAUUCUCACUUGACAAGGCACAUACGCAUUCAUACAGGGGAGAAGCCAUAUCAUUGCGAUCUCUGUGGUAAAUCAUUUUCUCAAAAUUGUAAAUUGAGUAGGCACAAAUGCAGUCAUACCUUGGGAAAGACCAAAUCACUGUGAUCUCUGUGGUAAAUCAUUCUCUCAAAGGAUUCCCUUGAUUAAAUACAGAUGGACACCUACAGAAGUGAAGCCAUAUUGUGAUACCUGUGGUAAAUCAUUCUCUAGAAAUAGUCACCUAAGUAGGCACGAACGCAUUCAUACUGGGGAAAAAUCAUAUCAGUGUGAUAUCUGCGGCCAAACAUUUUCUCAAAGUGAUUGCCUCAAUACAAACGUACUUAUACAGGUGAAAUGCAUUCUCAUUGUAAUAUAUGUGGUAAAUCGUUUUCUGAAAAUAGCACUUUAUCUAGUCAAAAACGUAUACAUAGAGGAGAGAAGCCGCAUCAUUGUGGUAUGUUUAAUGAGUCUUUUAAAAAUGCUACUUAAACAUACAUGUGAGUAUUCAUACACAAGUGUUAUGGUAUCAAUGUGAAAAUUUAUUACAACAGGACAACAGCUAUGAAACCUUAAUAUCGUGUAUAGAUGGAAAUACAUCAACACAGCAAUGACUUUGAUUUCUGAUGAUGAUUGUGCUGGAGUUUUGAGGAAUUUGUUCUGAGAGAAUAAAGGAAUACGAAAAAUGAAUAAAAGUUUGAAGUAACAUUGA